UGAGUCGAAUUCGGUGUCUGUCCUUCAGUCGCAUUGACUAAAGAAAGGCGGAAGGAAGGUCAUACGGAGAAAUAAGGACAUCGAAGCAUGGCAUCAUCAUCAUCAUCAUCUUAGACUGACUGACUGACCGUGUGUGUAUGUGUGAGCAACUCUGCAUCACCAUCAUCGUCAUCAUCACAUGUGUAGUAUUUGUUGUGGGUGGUAUCAGUGGUGUUGCCUCCAAACGCACAGCUCCUUAUAACAAACACGCUUGACAAAAACAUUGCUGGGGUGUUGCAAUCAUUUUGCUCCUCUGGUUUCGGAAGUGAUGUUUCUCGACCAUGUCUUGAGCCAAACGACGAUCACGACGACGAGGACGACGAAGGAGAUAAGCAGGGACAAAGAUCAUUUCAUCCUCUCUUUAAGAGUGUCUUUCAAGUGAGACCGUUCCCACCCAACUCAAAGUGGACGACAAAUAAGUGAAAUAACCAGAUUAGGCCAAGCCCGAGUGAACCGUUAGUCCAUUAAAGUGUGUCCAUGCAUGAAUGUCUUCGUUGGUGUUCUGAGAUGACUCUAUUGGUGAGGAAAGGACCGCCAAGGCCAAUGUUGUUCCACCACAAUCUUGGCUCCCAGGGUCAGUUUCCGUUGACAAGUGCAUCCAAGCUCGAGAACAGAGCGAUUUGAGGCAUGCAAGCAUGAAAAGAAGUCAUCCAUCAUCGAGCAUGGUGGGAUCUCUCACCAAAGUUUGGCACUUCAUCUCGGGAAUAACGAUGGUUUUGAUGAUUCUUCACGAUGCGUCCACGGAGGGGCUAGCAUCAUCACCCAAGCAAACCAUAUAUCCAUUGGUUGGCUCUCAAGAAAAUGCCGAAGAUGAGACAGUUUCUGAAACUGUCAUUGGUGUGAUUGGUUACCGAACCGAAUUGGAAUGCGAUAUCCAACCCACGACGACCAAUGACCAGCUCCUUCUUGUUCUGUGGUACAAGACCGGUUACAACUCUCCGAUUUACACAUAUGACGCUCGUGGGGCCUCCUCCCUGAGUAUGGCCACUCAUUAUUCUGAUGAGAAAGUGUUUGGAAAUCGUGCUGUUUUGAAAGUCCCUCCAGGCGGAGGGAUUUCAGGCAAUAAAGUCCUUGAUCCCGAGAACGGCCUCAUGGCCAAACUUGUGGUGCAUGAGCUCAGAUUGGAAGACGAAGGAGUUUAUAAGUGUCGGACGGAUUUCAAAAAGUCUCCCACCAAAAACUACAGAAUGACCUUGAGCAUCAUGGUACCCCCCAUGAAACCAGUGAUCCACGACAAGAAUGGGCGCAAGCUCACUACGAAAUUGGGGCCAUUCAAAUUGGGCGAGGAGGUUGUCGCCACUUGCACCACAUGGGGCGGGUCUCCAUUUCCUCGCUUGACUUGGUGGCGCGAGCACACCCUCGUGGAUGAUUCGUACGAGGUGAUCAAUGGGAAAACUACCAACUCUCUGCAUCUCCACGGUGUCCAAAGGAACGACCUCAAUCAAGUGUUUACUUGUCAAGCCGUUAAUAACAAUCAGAGCAUUCCCGUGUCCACCUCGCUCCGACUGGACAUUCUUUUUCCACCUUUGACCAUUAGCAUUUUGCGAGACCGUGACCUGGCUUUCUCAGCAGGUCGAGAAGAGGCAAUUCAUUGCCAAUGCAGAGGGUCGCAGCCAGCACCCAUUUUUCGAUGGUUUGUGGGUGAGGUUGAACUCGACUCGUCGGAUAGAGGCAUGACCAUGAGCUUCGAACUGGAAACGGCCACCACGACAGCCAUCCUCCAAUACAUACCCACAGCAGAAGACCAUGGGAAAUAUUUCUCCUGCCGAGCCACCAACGAGUAUUUCCCACAGCACCCGGUUGAAAUCGGUUACAUCAUCAAUGUCCAAUAUACUCCAAGGGCUAUACUUUCAUAUGGACCUUCGCUGAAUCCCAAGAACAUCAAAGAAGGCGACGAUGUCUAUUUCGAAUGUCAUGUCAAAUCGAAUCCGCAUAUCUAUAGCGUGACGUGGAGACACAACGGCAAGUUCGUUGACGAGGAUCUAGCUCGUGGAAUUCUUAUUGGCAAUCAAACCUUGGUCUUGCAAGCCGUAAAGCUUCCUUAUGCGGGCUUGUAUACCUGUGUGGCCUCCAAUGAAGAAGGCGACGGGGAGAGCAACGCUCAAUAUCUCAAUAUUAAAUUUGCUCCUCAGUGCCGGAAAGACCAACGUGUCGUCUAUGGAGCAGCCAGAACGUCGACGGCCUUAGUGUCAUGCUUUGUGGAUGCCAACCCGAAUCCGGAUCAUUUUCGAUGGCAAUUCCAACCCACGCCCAAGAACUCAGAUGGUAUUGGUCGCAAAAGUGUGGGCCUGGUGGAUAUUGAUCGAAACGAUUACACUAUUGAGCACGAUCAUAGUGUGCUCAGCUACAUUCCGGACAAUAGUGAUUAUGGGACAGCUUUUUGUUGGGCUGAGAAUUCAGUUGGUGGUCAAAGGGAGCCGUGUCGGUUCAACCUAGUUCAGGAGAGCCCUCCUGAGCCAUUGCGGAAAUGCCUCUUGAAGAAUGUCACUUGGGAGGAUUUUUCUGUCGAAUGUACGCGUGGUUUUGAUGGAGGCCAUGAGGCUCAAUAUCACAUUGAGAUUUAUGAAGACGGGAAUCAUUUCCUCCACAAUUUGACAAGUCUCGAGCCACGUUUCCGAAUUGUGCAACUCAAACCUGGCCAAUCGUAUGGGCUGCUCCUGUAUGCCUCGAAUGCAUUGGGACUCAGUUCGACCCGCCGAUUGAACGCCUCCACCAUGCUCUUGGGAGACAAGCGAACGGCGGAAACACGCUCUCAAAUGGCAUCGCCUGCCGAGGUCGUGGCUGAGACUGAGUCCGGGCUUGCUCAAGAAGGCCCUGAACGGCACUCAGCCAAUCCAGGCUUAGCCUUACUCCCCAUUGUAGCCAUCCUAGCGGGGGUGGCUGUGGGAUUGACCUCGGUGGCCCUGGGAGUGAUUCUGUUGGUUCACAACAGUCGCUCCGAUGACGUGGUCGAAACGGAUGAGGGGUUCGCCAUUUCGACUGCCACCACGGACAAUGACCCCUAAAAUGGACCGAGUCGAUACGACGCUUUGUAUACCAAGGUCCCACGUGAUGAAGCAAGUCCAAGGGACCGUCAACUCUUGGUUACGGGCGGGCCAUCAACCGAACCACAAUAUUCCACACUUUCACCUACUAUGCUAAGAGAGAUAAGCGGCAAGGGUCAGCCCUAUUCCUUGGCAAUACGCCAACAGACCUUAUCCGACCAAUCCCUUAAAAUGAUGAAUGGAUCAUCCUCUGGACGAGUUGAAUUUUCUGGUCCAGUGGAUUCUAGUCCCAGAGGCCAAUUGUUGAACAGCCCUCGUCCCCAGGAUUAUUGUAAUCCACAGCAUCAUGUUUACUCGUUGAAUCACUUCGAGGACCAAGAUCAGUCUAGCUCAGCCCACGAGCCAGAAUCACCACCACCUGCUUCGUCCCCGGAGUGUCACGGGCUACCCGGCCCAUCCUCCCCAUCCCUGAGAACGGUUCAUUUUCAAUUACAAGCCCGAUUCAACUCUGACUUGACCGAAUCCCCGUUUUCCAAUUCACGCGUGAAAGGUUGUCGUAAGGAGGAGCGUUGCUUUGUCCAUGCUAAUGGAUUGGCUGAAGCAUCGGUUUACGAUGUUGAACCACCGCCUCUUCCACCACCCUCGCAGUAUGCUACAGAUAGUCCAAUAAUGAACACUCAAAAUUAUCCUUACAACAAAAACCAACCAAUGCAACAACAUUUUGUGAGCGACGCUCCAAGUGGAACGCAGGAACCAGUUCUGGAGAAAUCGUUUGUGACGUUUUGUCCGCCGAAUUUGGAAACCAAAUCAUGGGACGUGGUCAACGCUACUCGACUCUGAAACAUCCGCCGAAAAUAUUAUUAGUUUUUUUAUUACUGAACAUUCAAAUCAUCUGUGAUAAAAGAAAAUGAAUACACUCCAGCGCCCUUGAAAUAA